UAACGCUUCUUCUACUUCUCUCGUUCACAGAUUACGUUUCGACGCAGAGGCUUGAGUUCAGGGUUCAGAGAAUGGGAAGCACCGACGGGACAUAUGGCGCUUACACUUAUGAGAAUCUGGAGAGGGAACCAUACUGGCCAUUGGAGAAGCUCCGAAUUUCCAUUACUGGAGCUGGUGGUUUCAUUGCCUCUCACAUUGCCAGAAGGUUGAAGAGUGAAGGACAUUAUAUCAUUGCUUCUGAUUGGAAGAAGAAUGAACAUAUGUCUGAAGACAUGUUUUGUCAUGAGUUCCACCUUGUUGAUCUCAGGGUGAUGGAUAACUGUUUGAAGGUCACCUCUGGGGUGGACCAUGUGUUUAACCUUGCUGCUGAUAUGGGAGGAAUGGGAUUCAUACAGUCCAACCACUCUGUAAUCAUGUACAACAACACAAUGAUCAGUUUCAACAUGCUUGAGGCCUCGAGAAUAAAUGGAGUUAAAAGGUUCUUCUAUGCCUCUAGUGCUUGCAUAUACCCUGAAUUUAAGCAGUUGGACACUAAUGUGAGCUUGAAGGAGUCUGAUGCAUGGCCUGCAGAGCCUCAAGAUGCUUAUGGAUUGGAGAAGUUAGCAUCGGAGGAGUUGUGCAAGCACUACACCAAGGACUUCGGGAUUGAGUGUCGGAUUGGACGUUUCCACAACAUUUAUGGUCCCUUUGGAACAUGGAAAGGCGGGAGGGAGAAGGCACCUGCUGCUUUCUGUAGAAAGACCAUUACUUCCACUGAUAAGUUUGAGAUGUGGGGAGAUGGUCUCCAGACACGAUCCUUCACUUUCAUUGAUGAAUGUGUGGAAGGUGUUUUAAGACUGACAAAGUCUGACUUCCGGGAGCCAGUAAACAUUGGAAGUGAUGAGAUGGUUAGCAUGAAUGAGAUGGCUGACAUUGUGCUUAGCUUUGAGAACAAGAAUCUCCCCAUUCAUCACAUCCCAGGUCCAGAGGGUGUACGUGGUCGCAACUCAGACAACACUCUGAUCAAGGAGAAACUUGGUUGGGCUCCUACGAUGAAAUUGAAGGAUGGGUUACGCAUCACUUACUUUUGGAUCAAGGAACAAAUCGAGAAAGAGAAGGUUCAAGGAGUUGACUUAUCUGUUUACGGGUCUUCCAAAGUGGUUGGAACACAAGCUCCUGUUCAGCUGGGUUCGCUCCGUGCAGCUGAUGGUAAAGAGUGAAAGUUAUUGAACCAAGUACUAGCACACGGUCCUCUAAGUCUAAUGGUCAAUAGCAGAAGUAGUUUGGGUAUGGAAGUUGCAGGCCACUAUGUUGUUUCUUCUUGUUAUUAUAUUUUGACUAUAUGGAAGGGGAGGUGUUUUUGUUCCCUGCAUUAGUCUAGCUUUGAAAGUGGGUUCUCUGUAGUAUAGUGAACAUGCAGGAACAUUGAUGUCCUUAUAAUGUUCAUGGAAGUUCAUCUAUUGCUUUUACUCUUUGUAUCCCGUAAUUUCACUGGAAAUAAUCUUCACACAAGUUCUCUAUGAAGCUUUGUUCAUUGGUGUUGGUCAAUUAUAAUCAAUAGCAUUCUGUUCCC